UCGGGGAUAUGAUGGCAUGAUUAGCUCGAAUGGCGUUCAGUGUUAGCAACUCCUCAUAUCACAUCAAGUGGUACGCGGACGAGGAGUGCAUCUCAAGGCAUCCUCCUUUAUCCAGCAGCAUCUUCAAGCGGGACUUGCAAAUCCUCAAGUUUAAUCCGUAAUCGUCGUUUGCUGAUAAAACAGUAAAAAUGUCUUACUUUUAAACCAACGCUCUACAUACACACUCGGAUAAAAAUGAUGUGCACAUGGUAAACAAGAGACUCAUACCAAAGCGGACAAAAAGUGACAAUAACUGGCCUUAUUUUAUACUAAACGCUGACCGACUACAGAGAAAAAUCAAGCUUUAUUUCCGGAUCAGUCACGUCUUGGAACGACACCCCUGGCCAUGCUAGCUGCUACUUGUAAUAAGAUUGGUAUAAAAACCCCGCCCCCGUCCCUCAACGACGUCACCACACCCAAAGCCAAAGGCUUUCACCCCUUCAUCAAGAAGACAUCCUCCAUGUCAGACCUCCCCACAGCCCUAACCGAUUCAAGGAUGCCGAUUGUGUCAGCUUCAUCUAACGGGUUCACCCCUUACAGUAUCUCGUCGGCAGUGGCAUUACACAACUCAUCUCUGACCAGCUCCACGGCCGCUGCUGCGGCCUACAACGAGAUGCUCAUGCACGGGAGGACUUCCCUCAAAUCCAGCAUACCAUGGACUUCAACAGAUUCCGCUUCCCAACCUGCUAUCAUACACAAACUACAUGGGACAACUGCUGAUCAUUUAAUGAAUGUAUGCCCUGGUAUGCCGGUGUGUCCACACCCUUACGACUCGUGGUUAAAGGCGUCUAGUGCGGCGGCUGCAAGUAUUGCCCGGGACUCAAACACGGCAUCCGCCCUGAGCUGGUGGGAGUUACGUGGAGGGUCGAGUUGGUUGGAUCUACACCCUAGCACCGCCGUGGCAUUGAGCUCACAGCUACCUAAAUACUCGAGCUAUGCCGCCGAGUGUGCGGCACUAAACGCGGCACACCCUGUAUUCAGUUCCCCUAGUGGUAACCCAUUCAUGCCGGCACCUCCCCUCUUCAGUCAUGACAGUCUAGGGUCAUUAGUUCCACCAGGCUGUGACCUCAUGAGUUUAUCGCAGAUGCGAUCCCCGUUCCUCACACCCAACGGCUUCAGCGGAUUGUCGCUGUCGUCUCGAGCAAAUAGACGGUACACAGGCCGUGCGACAUGUGACUGUCCAAAUUGUCAGGAGAAUGAGCGACUUGCCGCGGCUGGUCAACCCACACGCAAGAAGAACGUUCAUAGUUGUCACAUCCCAGGGUGUGGUAAAGUCUACGGGAAGACCUCACACCUCAAGGCCCAUCUAAGAUGGCACACCGGUGAGCGACCGUUUGUCUGUAACUGGUUGUUCUGCGGGAAGAGAUUCACAAGAUCGGACGAGUUACAGCGACAUCUACGCACACAUACUGGUGAGAAACGGUUUGCCUGCCCAACGUGCAACAAGAGAUUCAUGAGAAGUGAUCAUCUUAGCAAACAUGUUAAAACUCACACUGGUAACACCACUUCCACCAGUAGUAGCACCACCAGUGGUAGCAGUAAUACAAAUAAUAACACUAGCUCUUCGUCAUCAAAGAAACCCGUAACGCCUGUAAUCAGCGGGAGCGAGUCCGAAAGUUCCCCGUGCGAGCUCGGCAGUGAAGGGAACACAUCCCCGGUCCCUCUUAAGAACAGUGUGUCCUCGUCAAGCAGACAGCAACACACAGAGGUAAAGAUGAUUACAUCUUAGACAAAAUGAGAAACGCAGAUAAAAUAAAACAUCACCACCUUUUUAUAUUCACAUAAAAUCUAGAUGUAUUCAAAAUCUCGUGUGACGCAAAGUCUCGUUAAAAUAAAAACCUGAAAUGUAGUUUUGUUAAUAAUGAGUAUUCCACAAUAUUGUAACACGUAAGCAUCAAAGGUACUGUACAGUGUCGGUUUAUGUACGAGUUUCAUCAAUUCAAAUAUCAACGCUAGAAAACUGCCAAGAUUACAAUUUUAAGGCAAGGCCCAAUUUAGACCUUUAAAGCAAUCUAUUUUCGAUGCAUACUCGAUGUUGUUCAUUCAACUUAUUUAUGGCUUGUGACUGGAUUUUGGGGUUCGAAUUUAGGUGCCUAACACACCGAGUGUUUUCUUGCAAUUGGUGUUCCUUUGGCGAUUCAAAGACAAUAGGUUUGCGAGUAAGAAGCAACAACAUUAUCAUGUGUAUAUAUUUGAACCCAGUGGACAUUAUCAACCUCAGUUGUAUAAAAUAUGUUACAAGUGUGGUUACUUUCCAACCAAGGAGAGUAUUUUGAAAAAUUUGAUGGAAAACUUGGUUUCUUCACUUGUAAAGAUUCACUGUACGAGGCCAGUUUGACUUCACAAACCAAUACUGUACCUUACCUUCAAUCAAGUGUGUAUUUUCCUGUCACAAUUAACUACAGCAAGUAAUUUAAGGACUAAUGUGUGUGUAUAAAUGACAAUGUAAAUAAUAACACGGGCUGUAUGUUCUAGGCAACAAGUCUACUCCCAUUAUAAAUUCGGACAAAGUCUGAAAUGAUUUUUCAUUUUGAUGGAAUUUUAAAACUUGCCACUCCUUAAAGUUAAUAUAAUGCCCUCGUUCGCUGUAAGUGAACGCAAAAACCAAUCACAACUGUAUUGUCUGGUCAUUUGAAGCCGAUGUAUUGUUAAGAAUUUAUUAGAAAUAGUAAAAUUAAAUUAUAGGUACGUUUGGUCGUCAUUGUUAACAAAAGAAGUAGACAUAUGUUCUGAAUUAAGUUUUUGAAAAAGCCAACGUGAUACUGCUCUCAAAAACGCUGCGUCGUCCAUCUUUAUGAUAAAUUACGUCAACUUUUUAAUGAAAAAUAAUCAACUGUUUUGAUAAUUAUUUUUACUCUGAUUUUUAUGGCGAACUAUUCAGUAUCAUCUCAACCUGUUAUUUAUUGGGAUAUAAAAUAAAAUACACUAAAAAGCGCAUCUAAUUAAAUGUCUUAUGCCCCCAAAAGCAAAAAUCUACUAAAACCAUGGACCAAAUCUGGACUCAUUAUCAAAGCCAGUACAAUUCUCAAACAUAAUCAUUGUUGUUGAUACCACUGCGAAGUUUUGACGAAUCUAAAAAGAUGAUAGUUCGUAACAACAAAAUAUAUAUCAAUAAUAAUAAUAAUAAUAAUAAUAAUAAUAAUAAUAAUAAUAAU